AUGGGUAAACCGACAGUUUUGGCAAGGCCAUGUGGAACAAAGGCCCCGAAGGCGGAGCCGGGCGCGGCGCUCCGGGAGCGCCUCGCGGCACAGGCUGAUGCUGCGUUAUCCUCUGCUGAAGACAACGUUCUGAAGCGGUACGUUGCCAGUGGCGGGGCGGAGGGCCAGCUUGGCGAAGUAGAGGCGGCCCUGCUAGAGAAGCCGCCUGCGCAGCAGGCUCUUUGCGACAAUCGCGCGGCCGUGGAAGAGAACGAGAGACGGCUGCGCACCGCAGUGGAGAGCCGCGACUUGAAGACGUUGGCGGAGAUAGACCCGCGACUCCGAUACCUCCUCGAGACGGACGACGGGAUGCGUGCGGUGCAAGACCAGGACCUCAAGGACCCCGCCAACGCGGACGCCCUCAGGCUCUACCAGGAUGCCGUCACGGAGUCGCGCCGCCCGGGGAAGCCCAGCCUGGCCGCGGACGCCUUCAAGGCCGUCAUGAGCGACGACGUGCAGGCCCUCGAGGAGCUCAUCGCCGCCGGCCUGUCGCUGGCGGUUGCCAACGGCGGCGGCUACACUCUGCUCCAGCUGGCCCGCGAGCGGCGGAAGGCAGGCGUGGAGAAGCUGCUCGUGGAUUCGGGCGCCGAGAAUUGA